GAUUAGGAACCAGUAAAUUAAAUUGUACACUUUUUGUUGGUGCGGUUAAAAAUACUCCCAUAUUUUGACAAAAAAAAAUUUGGUAGAAAUGCCACCUAGCAAACUAGACAGUCUUUACCGACGAAUGCUUAUUACCAAAUUUUUUGAAAAGGGAUGGGGUACGCCAGAAAACUUACACCGCGUUUUCCAGUUUCGUAAAGUAAUAUCCUGUCGUGAAACAUGUUUCAAACUUGUACCCCGAGACUAUCCAGUGGAGAUUACAAAAAAGAAGAGAUAUUCUGAUUCAACAUUAAUAGAGGGCAAUUUUAAAACCCCGAUGGAGCUGCAUAUGCCUGGUGUAGUUCCUAAAGCAGCACAAAAGGCAUACUUUCAAAUAUUGUUACCCAAUAAGUGGGUCAACGAAGAACAUAAACCCAUCUGCAUACAUUUGGCAGGAACUGGAGAUCAUUUUUUUUGGCGUCGCAGAAAUUUUAUUGCAAAGCCUUUAAUGAAAGAUGCAAAUAUUGGAUCUAUAAUACUGGAAAACCCAUUUUACGGAUUGCGGAAACCAGACGAUCAAAUACGAUCGAAUUUGCGUAAUGUGUCAGACAUAUUUGUUAUGGGUGGAUGCCUAAUACUCGAAUGCCUUGUUCUUUUACAUUGGUGUGAAAGAAACGGAUUCGGUCCUCUCGGAGUCACUGGAUUAUCAAUGGGCGGUCAUAUGGCAUCCUUAGCAGCAACAAACUGGCCAAAGCCUUUAGUGCUAGUUCCGUGUUUGUCUUGGUCUACUGCAUCGGCUGUUUUUACAACUGGUGUAAUGAGUCAAUCAAUUAAUUGGGAUAUGCUGGAGACACAAUAUUAUUCUGAUGGCCAAUAUAGGGAACGUCUUUCAAAAAUGGUUACUGUUAUUGACGAUGCCUUUGCGGCAGGUCAAAAAUUUAUACAAAAUUUUAAUGAGUCUCUGCAUGAGCUUAAGGAGGAUAUUGAUGAUACACGGAAAAUACAAUCUACAGAGCCUGAACCCGGUGCCAAUAAUAACAAAAUACAUGACAUCUCAUUGGAGAAUGCCGACAGUUCAAUAUUCUUGUCAAAACCACAAGACAACAAACUCUACCAAUUAAAAGAUAAUCUCAGUACGAACCUUUCAAAUAAUUCUAAUUUGCCAUUAUGCCAAGCAGACAGCCAAACAGAAGCAUCAGCGUUGACGAGACUAAUGAAAUAUAUUUUACCAUUGACGUCUGACAAUAAAAAUAAAAGAAUCGAUAUAACCAAAACAAAUUGGUGGGAGAGAGAAGCUCUUCAAUUUAUGCGAGGAAUGAUGGACGAGUGUACGCACUUGAAGAACUUCUCAGUACCAUUUGACACCUCCCUAAUAAUAGCGGUUUGUGCUAGAGAUGACGCUUAUGUGCCGCGAGAGGGUUGUACGAGUCUUGAAGACAUUUGGCCAGGAGCUGAAAUUCGGUAUUUAGAUGCUGGCCAUGUAAGCGCUUAUAUUUUACACCAAAAACUAUUCAGGUCAUGUAUUAAGGAGGCCUUUGAUAGAGCUAAAAAGAUCUAUGAUGCUGAAAAGUAUAAGAAUGCAUCAGCUGCUAUUAAAUAAAUAUUGUCAAUAAGUAUA